AUGAAUGGUGUUUUGAAACCUCACCAAGAUGAACAAAGAGUUAUUGCUCCAAACAACCAAAACAGAAUGAAAAUCCAGAAGAACAACCUUAGAAACAAGUUCAUGUCAAAUCCUUGUUACAAUGUUGGAACCUAUGCAGGUCUCAUGAAUCUUCCUCCUUACCCAUUUGAUCUGUCUUCUUCCUUUUACUAUCAUCACCCAAAGCAGCAACCGCCACUGCUUCCUUUACCCACAGUUUCUGCAAGUGUUGUGAACAGUGGAAAAAACAGAAGCAGAGAAAUUUCCAACAGAAAACCAAAGCAAACCAUGAGAGACGAACUCAAGAAGAAACCCACGAUGGAGCUUCGUACAACUCCUGUGGCUUACACGCCGUCGUUUAGGUCAACGGCUAUGGCAGGGAAAGGUUUUGGCUAUGGCACCGAAAACGUGGAUUUUUCCAGUUGGGUGUUCAAUUUGUCACCGCCACCAAGCAGUUUGCCGGUGCCAAAGUUUUGUGUGAGAAGAAGAUCAAAGCUUAGUUGCAAUGCAGAGACAGAUUAA